AUUGCACAAACGCAUAUGUACUUCAGUAUAAAAGGGUUUUGUGAAGAACUAAAACAGGGAGAAGGCACAAUGCCUUCAGCAACAUCUGAAGCACUGAGUGCCAAAGAGGCUGUAGAACAGCUGAGAGAGAAUUUGGAUGACCUUGAACACAUUGGUGCAGAAAAUGAUGACAUUGAGUUCCUUCGACAAAUUCUUGAGGACCAUUCAUUGAUGAAUAUCAUUGAUAUCCAUGAAAACUUAGAAGUGAAGCUUCCACGAGCUCGAGAUCAUGAAGCAGUUGAGACUGCUCGAGAUGUUCUAGACUUGUGUGGAGUCCAAGCUAACCGAAUCCCAGCAGCAGCAGAUCUUCGAAAUGUCAUGGACAGUCCCCACUUCAAGGCAUUACUGAUAGCCCAUGAUGAUAUCUGUAAUAAGCGAUAUGAAGAGCAGUUUGAGACAUACAUAUUGUCAGAGCCACCACCACCUGUCUUUAGUACAGCUGCAGAGCAGGUGCGCUUUGUCAACAUUCACAAGUCACAGAAUGAGCCGUUGGGCAUUACUGUGAAGUUAGAUGAGAAGGAUGACUUGGUGAUAGCACGCAUUCUUCAAGGAAGUCUCAUUGAUAAACAGGGCUUGUUGCAUGUCAAUGACAUUGUGCGAGAAGUCAACGGUAUUCCAGUUUGCACCCCUGAGCAGCUUAUGGAAGUAAUAAUGGAUUCUGAUCCAUCUAUCACUUUCAAAGUUGUCCCUUCAUACCACAACAAGGUUGACGCAAAACCACUCUACAUGCGGGCACGAUUUAAUUAUGAUCCUAUGAAAGAUCGACUUUUACCCUGCAAAGAAACUGGGCUCCCAUUCCAGCUGGGCGAUGUUUUGGAGAUUGUGAACAGAGAUGACCAGAACUGGUGGCAGGCACGUCUUGCUGACAUCAAUGGACCUGUAGGGUUGAUACCAUCUCCAACACUUGAGGAGAAACGAAAAGCAUUUGUGCCAGUAAAUAAUGACUACUCCAAAAGCAGUCUUUUCUGCGGCUUGACAAAAAAGAAGAAAAAAACAAUUAAAUACAGUUCGAAAGAUUCUAAAGAGUUUGAUACAGCAGACGUGCAGUGCUAUGAAGAAGUUCGGAGAAUGGCACCCUUUCAGCGACGAGUCCUUGUACUAGUAGGUGCACAUGGAGUUGGCAGGCGAUCUCUCAAAGAGAGACUCAUCAAAGAUGAUCCUCGCCGGUUUGGUGCUGCAAUGCCUCAUACGUCGAGAGCUCCUAGGGAGAAAGAAGUGCAUGGUCAGGGUUAUUACUUCACUGACCGGCUUACAAUGGAAGCCGACAUUAUGGCUGGCAAGUAUGUGGAAUAUGGAGAAUUCAACAACAAUUUGUAUGGCACUCGUCUUGAUACUGUACGAGAAGUCAUCGAUUCUGGGAAGAUGUGUGUCCUGGAUGUUAACCCAACUGCUUUGAAAGUUCUAAAGACUUCUGAGUUUCUUCCAUUCAUUGUGUUCAUUGCUGCCCCAAGUGUGGAGGCAUUAAAAGUCAUGUACGAAGAAGGGCGAAGGUUUGCUCGUGGGAACAAGGAUCGGGGAGGAGUGGAAAUGAAAACAGAGGAAGAUUUUAUUACCACAGUUAAGGAAAGUCAGCAGAUUGAACGAGUCUACAGCAGCUACUUUGAUGACAUCAUAGUCAAUGACUCCUUUGAAGAUGCCUACCGCCAGUUGCGUAAAGCUUUAAAUGAGCUCACUUCUGAGCAGCAGUGGGUGCCUGUCAACUGGGUGUAUUGAGCACAUAGACUUCCAAAAGUGUGGCUACCUGUAUUAGCUGCAUGCAGUUUCUUUGAUGCAAAGUGCAUGACAAAUUUGGGAGAGACAGCUUUUUAUUGUCUUCCCACCUGCACAUUCAGACUUUUUAAGAUUAAAAAUGUGCUGUAAAAAAAAAAGGUAGUUUGUAAGAGGAACAAAACAGGAUGUAACCAUUGGUUCUUUAUUUUUUUUUUUCUUUCUGGUUGGGAAGUGGAAGGUUAUAUCUCACCAAUUUUCAGAUGGUCUAAAUUCAGACCACAAGAAAUAGAAUAUUGCAUAAAUCCACUUAGUGCCUUUAAAGAUAAUGUGUACAGAUACUGGGGCAUCUAAACUAACAGGUAGCUGUUAGUAUGUGUGUAAUCUGUGAUUUCAAGAAGAAUCCUUAAAAUCAAAAUUUAACAGACUGAAAAGAAUGACAGCUUUUAAGAUUUAUGUCAGUUUAAAAAAAAAAUAGCUAGAAAUACACGGGUGUCGUUUCAUGAACAUGUUGAAUGACGUUAAAUAAAAUGUACCAUCUAUAAAAGGUAAAGUUUAUUUUAUAAAGUUAAAUUAAACCCAGUAUAAUUUAGAUUAGUUUAAGAGAAAUGUAUAUUUAUAUCAUUUUUAUUUACAGCAGUGACUUAUUGCACAUCAUUAAAAGUGAAUAUAUGCUUUCUUAAAGCAUAAACUCUAAUUCAGUGUAUCUAACAACAUUUACUUUUAAUAUUUAUAAAGGUGUGGCUAUUUCUAAAUACUUCAGGCUAAGAAUGUACACCUGGACAUUGUAGGAGAAUAAAUAUCUUUUAUUCUCGAAGGAUAAUAGAGGGAUGACAGUAGCAAUAACAGUAGAUUGCUGAGAUGUUGCAUAGUUUAGAGGUUCAAGAACCUGUUGAAUGAAGAAGAGUAAUUUGGAAGUUAAAGGGCCUUGAGCUAAUUUGCACUAAUUAGCUCACAGAAGAUGUAACAUCAUUGUGUUGGACCUUUCGAGUUACUUGUACUACUUUUUAAACCAAAAUAACAUUCCAUGUAAGUACAAUGUCAUAAACAGAAAUGUAAUACUGAUUUCCAGCCAUUUAUUUGGAUAUUACCUGGCCAAUCACAAAUAUAGUGGCAGUGGUGCUAGAAGUGCCUUUCCAUCAAGAGGCAGGCUAGCUACAGAUGAAAUGUUCAUUGGAAAAUAUUUAUUAAAAAUGUGUUUUGUUCUUAAUUGGAACUCAUUUUAAAUGUUUAACACGCACCUUAUGUUAACAUCUUCAAUAAAAUUCUUAAGGUAACAUUCCAAAAUGUGUAGAUCUCUUAUGACUUUAAUCAAUAAUAGGCUGGCAUGAUGGCUAUGAAGGAACAGUGACUAGGCCACAAAGCCAGUCAUUGUGAUACUAGAACCUGUUCUUGGAUUCUUGUAUUGGUUUUAAAUUUUUUCAGCAAAGUAUGACAUGAUGAAGUCUUCAAAUGGUGGUCUGUGAUCUCUAGAAAUUACACAGAUUGAAAAAAGUACAUUUAUAUUUCCAUGUAUAUAACUCCUUUUGGAGAAGGGCUUGUUUAUUGGAUCAUGCAUUCUGCAAGUAUGGCUUGAUCAAUAGUAUCACUGUCUUUUAUUGCAGGAGUAAAGAUAAAAUUGUUUAGUUGGACUCUUGCCCCCUAAACUUGAAAUGCAUUUAUUACAUUUUGUUGUUCUAAGGCUGUAUGAAAAAAUGGUUAGGUGAUUGAAAUAAAACAGCAUAUUUUUCUAAUUUCCAUUGAAAAAAUGUCUAAACGCAAAGUUUUUCAACUACCUUUUCAUCAGUACUCCCUUUUUAUAACUUUUAGGUUGCAUAUGUAUUUUUCAUCUAGAGUAAUGUUUGGAUGACAGUGUGCGAUUGGAGAUUUUAGAUCGGAAGAUAUUUUUAUCUGCUUUUAAAAUCAGACUUAUAUGUUAUGUCUAUUUGUAUCCUUUUAAAGGUUCAUAUCUUCAAGGUCUAACCAUUCUAAAAUUUGACAAAUGAUCCACAGAAAAGAGCAGUUUAUUAAUUCAUGAAAUUUAUUUCUCAUAUGCAAGAUCCCUGUCCACUUUUUACAAAGUUUUAUGCAAUUUGUGUGAUGAAUUUUGUCAAGAUUUUCAGGGUUGCAGCAAUGAUGGAAAGGGAAGUUAGGGAACUGGGUGUGUGAGUUGUGUGCAAUGCAUGCAUGGACUUGAUGACAGUAAUCAUACCCUUAAUAAGAUAAAAGAUAUCUAGAAAAUAGAAACCUUACAUUGUGAUAAAGAAAUCUGAAUAGAUAUAUGGAGAUGUCGAUAUCUCUGCACGCUUUACUUCUAAUAGAGCAGUACACAUGCAACAUUUUAGAUGUACAAUAUCUGCAAGAAAAAUGCUUCAAGGCAGAUAUUGAUAUAAGGUAAUGGGUCAUACUAGUGUAAUUGUGCCUUUCAGGAGUUAUUUUUGAAAUUGCCUUAACAUGACCGUCCUCUGAAAAUUUUUCCUAAAGUGAUUGCAAUAAAAGGAUGCCUUGCCCUUAGUGUUUUGGGGGAUUGCAUCUUCUAUUUCCUGGGUAAUCAGAAUUUAUGAGAGUUAUUUACAAGGCUGCACAGUCUGCAACUGGUCAAUAGCAGUGGAUCAUGCUAACCUAUGCAUCAACUUCUUUUCAACUACUAUCUAAAAAUAAAAUUACAAUUUAUGGAAUGAAGUUAGCAAUUAAACAGUUGUACAUUACUUUCUCUUCAGUUUAGUGUUACUAUAUCUAGAGAUCUGUGAAUUACACCCAAGUUUGUUUAUUCAGUGUUUGAGGUUCUUUGUCAUCCAGAAUUGUGUAUUCAAGUCUGUUGUUCCUCCGCUAACAUUGUUCAUUGAGGUAUCACAUUCCAUUCUCAUUUUAUGUUGUAUGACUUCCAUGGUUAUAAAGCAUUGUUUUAAUUGAAAAGAAUGGGUGCCCAGUGACUGAAGUAUGCACCCACAUGGAAAUUUAAGACUGCCUGUGUUGGUAGCAUAUACAUUUCAGACAAAAGUUGUGGUUUCAGAAACCACAAAACUUGCUUCUUUUUAUUUUACAUUUCUUUUGCACUGUUUUUUUUUUUUUAACCACAGGACCUGUAGACAAAAAUCAAAUGGUUAAGUGGUGUGAUGUUACAUUGGAUCAGUGCCUGCAUAAGGUUUCUGACUACAGCUUACAUGCUAGCCAGUCACAGUCAACUGGAUGGGUUAUGAAUGUCGAUUCUAGUGCAUGCAGGCAUUACGGUUUUUCUAUUAUUUAGCCUUGUCUGGAACUUUUUGGCAUGUCAUAAAGCUGAGUGUUUAUGUGUGAAAUAGAAAUUCUCAUAUUCAUUCUUUCCUGUUUUUAGAAUCUUGCCAUUUGCCAUGUUUCCUUUUGUCCUUUACUAUUACUCCAUUCUCAGAAUGUUUGUUACUGGCACUAAGGUAUCAUGUUACUGUAUAUUUUUUAAUCACAUUCCUACAAAUGUCAUAUUUUAUGGACCUCUUAGAAUACUUGUAAUAAAGGCAUUACUACUGUUGCUUUGAAA